UAUCGAAUCUUAUCCUAAGCACUCGUGAAACUCGGAAAUCUGGAGGAGGCGUUGGCAGCCUGUGAGCGCGGACUGGAGAUUGAUCCGCGGGAUGGUGUGCUCCUGGUUCGGCAACGUGACUUCCAGGCGAUGAUGGUCAUGAAAACAACCAAUCAACACCCGAGAAGAGAUACCAAAGAAUUCAUGGAAAAAAGCAACGAAAUGAUAUUCGACCCUAAUGAUUCGGAUUUGUUUCAGCGCUUUUUCGCUCAGAACCCUGAUCCAAAGGAUAUCCGGGUACUGGAUGAUGCCCAGUACAACCAAUACGCCAAAUUCUUGGCUCUCUUACGAGAGGCCCACAGUUAUCUGAACGGCGCAAGACAACAAUCCAAAGAUCCUAAAAUGGCAUUCAAGAUUUUCAAAGAAGCAGCUGAAUUAGGUUGUGCAGAGGGUCAGUACAAUUUGGGACACUUGUACGCAAAUGGACUGGGAACCAAUGCAGACUAUGCGCUAAUGUUACGUUACUACCGGCUUGCUGCGGAACAUAAGCCUUUUGUAAAGUGGGGAGCAAGGAUCAUGUCUGAACUUGGCGUGGCGGAGGCUGAGAACGCCUUAGGUAAUGUUUACCGCGACGGUCGAGGUGUCGACGUAGAUUACGCUAAAGCCUUUCGACAUUAUACACGAGCAGCUAGCUGGGGACAGCCUGAAGCGCAAAAUAAUAUGGGGUGCUUCCUGUCUAACGGGCUCGGCGUUGCAAAAAACUACCAAUUCGCCCGCAGCUGGUUCGAACGUGCGGCUAAGCACGGCCUGGCCGAAGCGCAGAUGAACUAUGCCGAAAUGCUGGAAGAUGGGCGAGGGGGGCCAGUGGACGAAGAAGGGGCAUUGGAAUACUUUCAAAAGGCCGCGAAGCAGGGAAUGCCGGGCGCUAUUGAGGCGCUUCACCGCAUGGCAGUGAACGGGUCAGCAAGCCAGCCUCACAAAGCCGCUUUCGAGGAUCUACUCAAAAGCUCCACAGCUAAUAAGGACAUCAACGCUUUGUUUUUUAAGGGCAACAUGGAAAACGAAAUGCGUAAUUACGAUGAAGCAGUUAUUUGUUGGAAAGCAGCUGCCGAUCUGGGACACCUGGAAUCGAAAAUUGUACUGUGGAAUCUACUACUACACCGCAAACGACAAAAUGAAAGUGCUUUUCUGUACUGCUUGGAGGCGAGUCAAGCUGGCGAUGUGGAAUCUCAGCUGCGUCUCACUGUUCUUUACGCGACGGGUACAGGGUGUGCUCGCGACGCUGCUGCUGCUAAGAAAUGGUUUCAACGUGCAGUUUCCCGCAUUCCCGGAGAAUCAAGCCAAUACAUGUCCCAAAAAGAAUUUGACGAGUUGCUGGUGACAGCAGAAAGGGUUUGCAGUUUUGAGACACGAAUGUCUUUAUCCAGCAAAGGUUUAAAAUGGGAACAGAGGCUGCUUCGAUACAUGGAAGCUCGGGAUGUGUCCGAAGAUGACCGCAGGAUGAUCGAAAAUUAUCGGCAUAUUCAAAGACUGAGCGAGCUUCCUGAUCCGUUGCCCGUUAGCACUAACAUACCAUCCAUAAUAAGAAAACCCGACAUGCAGGCAGUGAUAUUAGCUGCCGAACGCGGUUCCACCGUUGCUGCUGAUGUUGCUAAGGCUUGGAUGAUGAAUGCUGAGGCUCUGCAGGCGUGGGAUCUUGGUAACCAUAACAUGGCAUUCUCGCUCUUUCGAGAAGCGCAAAAAUAUCAUGAUGUUGUUGAAAUUCACAACUUCGAUAUGGUGGCAUUUAUCGAAGAGCAGUCUUUAAACACGACGGACGCAAUGUUUGUAAAAGCUUGCCAUUUCGGCAAUAACAUUCAAGGUUCAAUUUACUAUGUCCUACGCUGCAUUCGUAAGCAUCCUAUGGAAGCUGAUUUUCACAACCUACUUGCCAAUCUGUAUGGAUUUGCCGGCCGCUUCGAUGAUUCGCUAAGUAGCGCUCAACGAGCAUAUGAAAUUGAAGCGCGACCAAAUUUUUUGUACACAAUUGCCACGGCUAUGCGCAUGCGGUUGCCCGCGCCGGAUGAGCGAAGGAAAAAGAUUAAACAGAAACUGUACGACAAAGCACGGCUGAAAGUCAUAGAGGCGUAUUUAAAAUUUUUGGACCACAACCCCCGUGAUCACCGUAAAGUCCCGACUGUGCUCUUUUGCUUGGCAUCGUUGCAUUUAACUUCGGAUAUGAGCGAAAUGGGAAAGUGCGCAAGUAUUACGAAGAAGCGCGUACUGCGGAAGAGCGACGUCUCCCAUGUUUUGAAGCCGUAGCAGAUAGUUUCCCGCCCAAAGAUACGGUCAAAAGAAUUUUAAAAUUACAAGGUUUUGCUGGUCGAGAAAAAGAUACUUGAACAGAAACAGCAGAAAAUGCGCCGCACUGGCAGAGAUACAGCGGUUUUCCUCUUCCUCAAAGCAUAUCUGUCUAACCAACGCUAACCAGAACCAGGAAGUUUUUACUGGGAAAUAAAUCUUAUCUGCAUAAUUUUAACGUUGUCCAAAAGUAGUUUUUGGUUUCCAAGAACAUAAAAAAUAACGCAGUAUCGGCUGAUUGUACUUGCUUUGGCAUGCCGGUCUAAUGAAAAAAUGUUUGCGUUUAAAAUAGUGGAUCGUGAGUGUUGAUUUUCGUCUUUUAAUUGUUCAUGGAGUAAUACCGGUAAAGUAGCUUUCUGAUGAAAGAAACGGAAGAACUUCGCUAUAGCGCCCUUGUUGUUACUGAAGCGGAAGUAUGUACUGGAUGCGUAUACGGAUAUAUUUCAUUGUACAC